AUGUGCCACUUAUGCAUCUGCGGUCAGGGAAUUGACUGGGAGGAUUUGAAAGCUGCUGAUGAGGCUAUGGACGCUUCAUAUGUUGAGGAGAUCCAGACCCCAUGGUCGCGAGAGUCUCCUUUGACAAGGCUCCUACUACACGACGCUGGACCGAAUGGAAAGUCCAAAUUCCACCAGAUGGACAUUUGGCAUGCCAUUCAUCUUGGAAUAGGCAAGUCCUGGAUCGCGUCUGGAGUUCUCAUGCUGCAAAAGAUCAUCCCCGAGUCCAACAUCGACAAGCGGGUGGCAGUCAUCGCGGCUGGCUACAAAGACUUCUGCAAACGUGAGAAAAUAGAUCCUGUGAUCCGCAGAAUCGACAAGGAGACCUUCGGACAAAGUUCAAAAGAGCGCACUGGAAGUUGGAACAAAGCCGCUGUCACAUCCAACUUCAUGCGGUACCUUGAAGAUUUUUGUCGUGAGCAUGCCGAGCAGAUUCGGGGCGAUGAACGUCUGAAGAUUUUUUGUUUCUUUCCAGCAAUGGCUCACGGAACACAGUGCGUGAACCGCUUCAUGAAAGGCAUCUAUGAGCAAGAUGUUUUUAUAGAUUCUGGAGUGGCUGGCCAUUUAAGCGAUUGCUUGUACCAGUUCAUUGCUGCCUAUUGCUAUCAGGCAGACGCAGCAUUUCAGGCUGGAGAAGUUCUGUUUGCUCUCUUUCCCAAGCUUCAUGCUGUCCACGAA